AUGGCCUGGAUGACGCGCACAAGCCCCGGCCGCGGCGACACUGACUUCAUCCCACGCGGAGUGUACCCGGCCGCACCGCGAGCUGCUGCCCCCGAAACCCCGUCGGCCGACCGCUGCUCCCCGCUCACGGGACACCGCCCUACCAGGGGGGCGCGCGGGGGCAGCUGCGCGGCGGGCGCGGACCCGGCGGAGGGCCGGCGCCCCGGGCCUGACCUUGCACGUGGACGCGACUCCACAACCCGGCGCGGGGAGGCGGCGCCCGCACCCCGGCCGCGCGCAGCCAAUGAGCGGCCACCACACUCGGAACUCCGGGCCUCCUCCAAUGGACUUUCCGCUCACAGCGACCUUCCCAACUUCGCCCUCUCCUCCCGAAAACGCCGGCCUCUCUUUGUUCCCCGCCGGCCGGGUCCCCGGCGCGGCUCUGCCCGGACGGCCGCGCCGCCCCACGCCCGCAAGGCGCCCCGCGGGGAACAAUGGGGAACAAUGAGCAUCCGUGCGCAGCGCCCUCGGGGCGAGGAACUCCCGCUCCGCACGAGAGCCCGAGCCACGCGCUUCCCACCCGGCCCCGCACGGGACGCAGACCCCGGCCGCAGCACCCGCGCUCCCCACCGGAACAGUCCGCGCGCCGCCCCCGCCGCACCGCCGCGCCGCCGCGCCCCGCCGGCCCAGACAACGGGGGCCGCGCUCACACCUGUCACCCCAACCGGGGCGCGUCUGCGCACGCGGGGCACGAGGCCGCGCGCCUCCCGGUCUCACCUGGAAGUGCCCCCAACAGCCGCCGGGCGCAGGGGAGCGGCGGCCGGCUCCCGCGGACACCGAGCAGCCGCCAACCGACCCGAGCGGCCAGCCGGCCGGCGCGCGCCUCCGACCGUGGGGCCGAGCGGAAAGCCCCGCCCCACGUUGGCCGCGCCCGCGCACUGGCCCCGCCCCACGCUGGCCGCGCCACUCUCUAGCCCGAUCCCGCCGUCAGACCCGCCCCCAGUAGCCCCGCCCGCAGAAGGCUCCGCCCCAAGUCGUCAUUUCCUGGCGCCAGAACUUUUCUUGGCGCGAAGGAUCCCCUGCGGUGGUGGGUGGGCGUUGGCGUUGGUGGUUCAAAGCCGCGCUCCGCCGCCGCGUCCCCGCCCGGUCCUCUCGGACGCCGCGGGCCCCGUCCCUGCCCGCCCCGCCCGCGCGGAGCUCCGCGGCGCCCUUAGACGCCCCGAGGCCGGGCGCUCCGGCGCUGGGGCCGAGCCAGCGUCUGUGCGGCGGGAGUGGCUCGGAGGCCUGCACGCCCGGCCUUCCCGGCGGCCCCGCCCCGCGCCGCGUCCUCCCUCGGGACGCGGGUCCCGGCUCUGCACGCCCCCACCCCCACCCCGCAGCCCGCUGGCUCCCGGGCCGCCCCGCACCCCCCGCCCCGGCCCCCGGGACUCUGCCCACCCCGGUCCGGUCCUCGCCCGACCCCCGCCUCCCCACGGCCGUCCUCCCGCGGCCGGGUCCUGCGUGGGGCCGCCGAGGGCCGCCCGUCCGAAGCCUCCGCCGGGGGGGCACGACCCCGCCCGCGGACGCCGCGUGCUGCGGGGCCCCCAGACCCGGUCCCCGGCCGUACCUGCCCGCGCGGUCCCGCCGCAGACUCAGCGGCCGGGCGGCCGGCGUCCUCGCUGCAUCUCCGCGCGCCGAGUGGGCGGGGAGACGGGGCGAGCGGCCCAGCGGGAGAGCCGGGGGGACGCGAGUGAGGCCGACGAGGAGGAGAAGUGGGAGGUGCUACGCGCGGCCGCCGCGGCCGCUGCGGCCGGGCGCGAGGGCCCUGGGCGAGCCGCGGCGGCCCGGCGGGGAGGGAGGCGGGGAGGACGCGGGGCGGCCGCGGGGAGGACGCGGGAGUCGUGCGGCCCGAGUCCCCGCAUCACUUUCCCCGUUGUGCGGGCUGUGCGGGCCGGCGGGGAGGCCUCGGCGCUUUCCCUGCCGCGCUCCGUGCGGGAAGCCCCAGUGCUCGCCCGGGGCGGUGCACCGUGUCGUGUGCCCCGCGCGGGAGCGCAUUCGCAUUCGGGCCGGGCGGGUCAGGCGGCGCGGCGUGCGGCGGCCCGGGACCCGGCUGGCUCCGGCCGACUGCGUGUGGCUUCGCGUUCCUUUGUCCUCGUUGCACAGACGUUGAGGGACGGGCCGGGCUGUCCAGCCGCUCCGCUCCGGCCCGCGGGGGCCCCGUGCAGCUCGUUCCCGGGAUCCGCUGAGGACGAGGCGGGCUCCCCGGGGUCUCGGGGCGCGCGGCACCUCCGCGGCCCCCAGGCCGACACCAGCCUCCCGCGCGUCCAGGCCAGGCUCCCCCUUGGGCAGCGGCGUCCCCCGGCUCCUGAGCUGACGGAGGAGGUUCUGCAGCGGGUUCGGUGCCGUGGACACAUCGACGCCCACUCCGGCCUUCCCGGGCGGACGCUGGUGGUCGUGGGUCUCGUGCCCGCAGAGAGCACUUGA